UUAAACCGUGGUGUAGCCGAAAGUGCCCAGAUGGAUGAUGUUCGUCACGUCAGCAGGAUCAUUACCAUCAGGCAGCAAAUCAGACGCUACAUCGAGCUGGAGUCUUCAAGAUCACACACAACUCCUUUUCCCAGCAAGACGCACAGAUGUUCUGUGCAUUGGGAGCGUUAACCUCGCCGGAGAGACGUUUCAAUCAGACCAUGAAGCGUUCAAGUGUGCAUUAGCGGACGUUUUGGCGAUGUUGGAGAUCGUGGUUCGUGCAGAGCGCGUUUGAGGAGCUGUCAACUAGUGGCAUGCGUUUCAGAGGACAAAUUCAAGGCAAAGAGAGACCUCAACAACUGCGGUGUUCUUCAAACCACUGGAGAUUAAGUUUGUGAUGGAUUUCAACGUGACCCCCACUGAGAAUUCAAGUGAUGAUUUUAAUUCAUCUCAACAUCUGAAAGCAGACACUGAUGAACAAUAUCACAAUGUUCUAAUGCCAAGCAUUUAUGGAGUCAUCUGCUUCGUCGGCAUAAUAGGCAACUGCAUCGUCAUCUACACCAUUGUCAAAAAAAAUAAAUUCAGGGCGCAACAGACGGUGCCUGACAUCUUUAUCUUCAGCCUAUCGAUUGCAGAUCUUCUGUUUCUCCUAGGCAUGCCAUUCCUCAUCCACCAGCUAGUGGGAAACGGCUCGUGGUGUUUCGGCGCCACCAUGUGCACCGUUAUCACAGCGCUGGACUCCAACAGCCAGAUCGUGAGCACCUACAUUUUAACAGUCAUGACUUUGGAUCGAUACUUGGCGACGGUUCACCCCAUCCGCUUCAACCACAUACGCACUCCAUGCGUGGCCGUGGCGGUCGUGGGCCUGGUGUGGAUUCUCUCACUCCUGUCCAUCACGCCGGUGUGGAUGUACGCCGGCCUCAUGCCCCUGCGGGAUGGAUCGGUGGGAUGCGCAUUGCUCCUUCCUAAUCCGGCGACAGACACGUACUGGUUUACUCUCUACCAGUUUGUGCUGGCGUUCGCUCUGCCGUUGGUGAUCAUUUGCGUGGUGUUUUUUAAGAUCCUCCAAAACAUGGCCGCCACGGUGGCCCCGCUUCCCCAGCACAGCCUUCGCGUGCGCACUAGAAAGGUCACUCGGAUGGCCGUCGCCAUAUGCCUGGCGUUCUUCAUUUGCUGGGCGCCUCAUUACAUCUUGCAGUUGGCACAUUUGAGCGUGCAGCGGCCCAGUUACGCUUUUCUGUACGCCUAUAAUGUCGCCAUUAGCAUGGGCUACGCCAACAGUUGCAUUAACCCCCUGCUCUACAUCAUGCUGAGCGAAACCUUCAAAAGACAGUUCAUUGUAGCUAUCCGUCCGGCACACAAAGACUUCAGGGUUGAUCCGGCUGACGGGAGUGUGAGUCUCCGUCUGGCCCCCGACGGAGGGCAGCAGUCUCAGUCCUCUCGAGAGCUGCUGCCAGUUACUGUUGCUGUGCAUUGAAACGGCACUGACUCAUGCUGAACUCAUUUUUUGUGUCUUUAAUGAGCGUGCAGCUGAAAAGACGUCUAUGAAGAGUCUUGCUAAAUUGCUCAUUAACAGUUCGUGUUUGGAAACGGAUCUGUGAUGAUGCACUUUGCUUGGCGUAUUUCUGUGUGGUGAAAGAGAUAUGAAGUAUACACAACCUAAUUAUAGCAACACUUUCACACUGCAGUGGUUCAAUACCUUGCGGUAGAAUUUACAGCUAUUUGUUUUCUGUAAAAUAGGGCUACUUUUAAGUCUCUUUGGAAUAUCAGUGAUGCAUUCAUUUGAUUUAUUUGGGCAAUUAAUAAUGAUUUUUUUAAAGAAGUCAUUUCUGCUCAUCAAGGCUGUGUUUAUUUGAUGAAAAAACAGGAAAAAACUGAAAUAUUGUGAAAUAUUUUUGAAAUAUAAAAUAGUGGUUUUCUACUUUGAUACACAUUAACAUAUAAUUUAUUCCUCUGAUGCAAAGCUGAAUUUUCAGCAUCAUUACUCCAGUCUUCAGUGUCACAUGAUCCUUCAGAAAUCAUUUUAAUAUGCUGAUUUAUUAUCAAUGCUGGAAACAGUUGUGCUGCUUAUUAUUUCUUUUGGAACCUGUGAUACUUUUUUCAGGAUUCAUUAAUGAAUAAAAUGUUAAAAAAGGACAGCGAUUAUUUAAAAUAGAAAUCUUUUGUAUACACUACCGUUCAAGGUUUGGGGUCAGCUAAUUUUUUCUUUCUUUGUUUGAAAGAAAUUAAUAUUUUUGUUCAGCAAGGAUGUGUUAAAUUGAUAAAGUGAUAGUAAAGACUGAAAUUGUUGGAAAAAAACACAUAAAUUAGCCUGAAAUUAGACUGAUUUAUGAAGGAUCAUGUAACACUGAAGACUGAUGAAUAUUUAGCUUUGGAUCACAGAAAUUAGUUAUAUUUAUAAGUAUAUUAAAAAAGAAAAUGGUUAUUUUACAUUGCAAUAAUAUUUCAUAAUAUUACUAUGUUUUUCUGUAUUUAUGAUCAAAUAAAUGGAAAUUUGAUAAGCAUAAGAGACUUACAAAUCAUUACAAAUCUUAUUGAUCCCAAACGUCUGAACAGCAAUGUGUGUGUGUGUGUUGAGGUCAAAAGUUUACAUACACCUUGCAGAAUCGGCAAAAUGUUAAUUAUUUUACCAAAACAAGAGGGAUCAUACAAAAUGCAUGCUGUUUCUUAUUUAGUACUAACCUGAAUUUCACAUAAAAGACGUUUACAUAUAGUCUACAACAGAAAAUAAUAGUUGUUUAUCAAAAAUGACCCUGUUCAAAAGUUUACAAAGUGUUUAGCUGAAUGAUCCUCAGCUGUGUUUUUUGUUUAGUGAUAGUUGUUCAUGAGUCCCUUGUUUGUUCUGAACAGUUAAACUGC